AUGUGGAAAAAGGGACAAAAUAUUUUAAAUGAGUUUUGGAGAAUUUGGAGAGAUGAGUAUUUGAUUAGUCUUCGUGAACGGAUGCAGUCAGAACCGAAGUCAAAGAAAAUACAAUCCCAUUAUAGUGCUCAAAAUGGAGAUGUAGUUCUUAUUAAAGACAAUUUGCCACGCGGUGUUUGGAAAAUGGGACGUAUCUGUGAUGCAAAUGAUGAUGACUGUGAAUCAAAUAGUGAUUCAAGUAAUAUUGACAGAGAUUCAAAAAGUGAUUCAAGAAGUGAUGAAUUAAAUAAUUGUGAUGGUCAUAAAAUUAAAGAGGAUUGGAAAGCUGUAAAAGAAAAGAGUAUUCCUAGCGACGAGGAAGUUACUGGUGAAACCUGUUAUAAUAUGAAAAGAAAUGAAAAAAGAAAAGAUGAGAAAAAUUAUGAAGAUGACAAAAAACAAUGCACAAAAACAGAUACAUUUGAAUAUGAGGAAGAAAUGGAUGAGGUAGAAAGUGAGACAGAAGUGCAAAUUGGAAGAAGAUGA